AUGGGUGUGAAAUCGGUUUCUGGAAACUCUUCGGAUCGAGAAAGCUGGGACAAAGUUUUCAAGACUCUGGUCAAGAUUCUACAGUCGAAACAGGAACAGGUCGAAUCGCUUCUUAAAGACAGGAAGAUUAUCGAAGAUAAGAUCAAGGCUAAACACGAUAACUGGAUCUCUGAUGUUCGGAACUACGAGGAACAACUCUCUCUGGUGAAUAGAGAGAUUGAAACGAUGAAGAUGAUGCAGCUCGUUGAGACCUCUAAAUGCAAUCUCUUGUCUGGAUUGAAGGAAAGGGAUCUUUCUAUUUGCAAUUUGAAAUUAGAACCGACGGUGGACGAGUUAAGUGACUUCAAGGCUUGGUUUGAUUUCCUCACUCUGAAUACAAAUAAGGAAAGUGGCAACUCGGAAGCUGCGGAUGGUAAAUCAAUGGAAGAAGAAAUCAGAAAACUGAAGCUUGAGUAUGAGAAGCUUGCUUCUGAAAAGAAAUGUGAGGUAUCUGAUCUUCUACGGGAAAACGGGUUUGCUUGGAGUCAGUUCAAAUCCAUAGAAAGUGGGUUCAAUGAUAAGUUAAAGAGGAAAGAUGAGGAGAUUGCUCAAGCUAAUACGAAAAUUUCAAGUCUUUUAUCUUACGAAGAGCAGCUUCAGUCAUCUAGUCACGAGAAGGACAAGAUUAUCUCAAGAUUAAAGGCUAAGGUUGCUGAAAUGGAGACGGAUUCUACUAGGAAAGAUGAGGAGAUCUCAAAACUCUCACGGGAACUAGAGUCUUUGAAGAAGUCUCGUAGCUUUACACCGGUUCUAACUCGAUGCACAACACGUGACAAAGGUAGCAAUGGUAAUACUGUGGGAUCUCACGUAUCUACUAAGAAAGAGAAGUCUGCUGCAUCAACACCAAACUCAAAGGAAAUUAAUAUCUCGAAGCGGAAAAGAGCGGACAAGACACCAGUCUCAGUUUCAGAGAUACCAAAGCUGUUCACUUCAACAUUUAGAGUUCCCAAGUUAAAGCCUCCAUCUUCUGAAGCCAUAUAG